AUGAUCCGCAAGCUGGUCGCCCAGUACUUCCAGCUCGUGGAUCCCUCGGAUCUGGCGCUUCCGGAUGGCCCGGUCCUCGUGCGGCCCGAUGUGCAGACUGCGCUGUACGAGCGCAUGUUCGCGGAAUCCGUGUUCCCACUGCCACCGGCCAACUACCGUGCGCGCGUGCUGAAGUUGAUUCUGGCGCGCAUUGAGGCGUCAAUCCAGGAUCCGGAGGAGGAUGUAGGUUGA